UGCAACAACAGUCUGCGGAGCAGCUAAGGCGGAGCAUGCUAACAGCCAAACAUGGCUCUGUUCACUUACAGCAGAAUGUCUCAUUUACUGAGACUUUCCGCGAAUACAGCUUCAGUUUUGCGAACAGGAACAGAGGGGAAAUGUGGAGCUGCGGUUUGUUUACAAUUCAUACGCUGUCAGAGGUCCGUGGACACUAAAGCCUUACAGGAGAGGCAGAAGCAGCACAUGGCCAAAGGUCUGCCCAGACAGAAGCCCAUCACUGGGGUCAAACAGGUCAUCGUCGUGGCUUCAGGGAAAGGAGGCGUGGGAAAGUCCACCACUGCAGUGAAUUUGGCUCUGGCGUUAAUGGCCAAUGAUUCGUCAAAGUCGGUGGGUUUGUUGGACGCUGACGUCUACGGUCCAUCCGUUCCCAAACUGAUGAACCUGAAGGGAAACCCAGAGCUCAGUGACAACAAUCUGAUGAUUCCUCUCACCAACUAUGGCGUACCGUGCAUGUCCAUGGGUUUCCUGGUGGACGACGCGGCUCCGAUCGUGUGGCGAGGCCUGAUGGUGAUGUCGGCGAUGGAGAAGCUGCUCAGACAGGUGGACUGGGGCUCGUUGGACUACCUGGUCAUCGACAUGCCUCCAGGGACAGGAGACGUCCAGCUGUCAAUCACCCAGAACAUCCCAGUGGCAGGUGCUGUUAUCGUGUCCACACCUCAGGACAUCGCUCUGCUGGACGCUCGCAGAGGAGCCGAGAUGUUCAAGAAAGUCAACGUGCCGAUUCUCGGUCUGGUGCAGAACAUGAGCGUCUUCCACUGUCCCAAGUGUCAACACCAGACACACAUCUUCGGCUCUGACGGAGCCCGACAGCUCGCUCACACUCUGGGGGUGGAGUUUUUAGGUGACGUUCCUCUCCACCUGAACAUCAGAGAGACGUCAGACAGAGGACAGCCACUGGUCGUCUCCUGUCCACACAGUCCAGAGGCACAGGCGUACAGGCAGGUGGCGUCGGCUGUUGAACGCAGACUAAAGGAGGUCAACACUUGAUUGACAGUUCAGACGUGGAGUCGGCUGAUCCACUGAACACACACACACACACAAAACAAGGGUGACACACUCCUGACUGUGUGAACAACACAGUUUUUUACAGUGUUACUGAAUAAAUAUGUGAUGUUAUUUAAUAAAAGUGAACUGAAGCAGA